AUGUCUGAACGUGGCAAAUUACAGCAGGUAAUACACAACUUUUUCAACAAGGUGGUGCAAAUAGCUGCCGGGUCGCGGCUAGUGCCAAAUGCUUCAGGGACUGGCAAAACCAACAAGUGGUUCAAUCUCGAAAUUGAGGAGCUGGACGGGAUGCGGGACGAUUUACGGCAGUGGCGUACAGCGGCCGAAAGCGGUACACCGCUCCCUCCACUUGUGGUGGAGGUUUACCUUGAUGUGAGCGAGCUCAAACCCAAGCAAUCGCUUGUUUUCACAGAUGCCCAGGGUAAAACCUGGCCCGGGGAGCGCAAGGAGAUCGUGUUGGAGCGCUGGAUCGUCGAGUUCCGCCCCGACCAAAAGGGCCAGCCGGAAGACUUGCCCGUUGUAUACAAGCGUUGUAUUGUCGCAAUGCGUGCUCUCUAUACUCUUAGCAGACUACUGCCUACUUGGUCGUUGUACCAACGCUUAACAAGACAAAAGCUUGCGGCCAGCCCACUUCGCAUUGGCUGCAGAGCUUUGGAUGGUAGCCGUCCCAUUUCCUCUCGUGGCCGCGUGGGCCUUUCUGAAAAAAUCGGGGCCAGUCCCAGCUCCACCCCUCCAUCGUCGGCACUCUCCGUUUCCCCAGAUGCCACCAGCCAUCUCGCGAGUUAUGCCUUUUCACCCAUAACCACCCCGGCUGGCACCUUAAAUCUGACCAUAUCCUAUCGCACAGAGGUCAAUUUCGGAAUCGACGAUGCGGAUGUGGUGUUUGCCCAACAAUUCUUAGAACUUGACCGGCCGACAGAGCUCUCGACUCCCCGCUCCCGCUCAAGGCCAAUUGUAUCUUUUACCCAGCCAUUCCGCACUCCUGAGCCGGCAGCAAUGAAUACAAAUCGUGCCAGAACACCUAGCAAUGGCAGUGUGGCGAGAGCGAACUCAACCGGACCAAACGCGGGCGGGGUUGUUGGUAGCUCGCCAGUGCCCGUACCUAAAGCUGGCGCCAGUGGAACGGCUGCUGGAUCUUUCAACUCGUCCACCUCGUCGAGUAUGCAUAGGUUUUUGUCGUCGUUUGCUUCUCGCCAGUCUGCCAUGGGUCGCCCUGGGUCUUUGGAGUCACGCCACAGCGUAGACUACCGCAGCAACCCAGUGAGUACAGCGUCCACGCCGUCAAGUUUGGAACCUGGUUCUGGUAUAUAUGUGCCCAACAGUGGCGUUGGUGAUUUCAUGAGAUUCGUCAACGAUACACAGAAGCGUGCCAGCGGGUUCAAGGGGCAUACGUCAACAUCGUUGGACAACUCGCUGUCGAAAUAUCAGAAUAUGCGGCAAUCAUACAUGCAACUUACCGAGUCGCUAAUGCUAUCUUCACAGCGGAUAGAGUCUCCGGUGGAGCCAGGUCCUGUGUCGCCAGUACGCCCGAGUGGGUUUGUAGGGUCGCCAAGCUCAGCACGAUCCCUUAGUCCUUCGCGCCCCAUUCCAUUGAUAGAAAGUCUGAGUCCGACAAACCCGGGGAAUGCGUUUCCUCAUGCAUCAUCUGCCCCCGCUGCCGUGGCCCCUGUCGAGGUUCUAAAUCCCGUUGCCGGCUCAAUUUCACAAGGCAAGCUCUCGGGAGGUGCAGCGAGUGCCCUAGCGCGUUAUGCACACCCCCCGAUUGUGCCGUCUCGGUUAAGCGAGCAGUAUUCUGGACGAAGCCCCAGCGUCAAUGAUCCGCCCCGCAGUCGGCGCCCCAGCAGCACCAGUGUAACGAGCACCAGCCGAACCUCUGCAGCUCAACAACGAGCACGUAAUAGGUUGAGCUAUUACAUUGACAGCGAUACGGCGGGCCCAGGGGACGAAGACGACGACGUCAAGGACGGAUCAGAUGAUGAGCUAUUAUUCGCCAUGAGCGAUAUGAACUGUAUAUGA